UCACGAUGUCUUUAAAGCCGAAAGAUUCCGAGAAAACCGAGAAUCUGGAUGUUAUAACGUUCUUCGAUCCACUGGUAAAAAUUCUCCGCUACGCCGGAUUUGGCCCGAUUGUUUGGCGGAAAGAUGCACCGGCUAAUCUGUCCUGCUCGUACUGUGCAAAAACCUUGCACAUUUUUACACGCUCAACCUACAUUUUCUUGUUGUGGAUCUGGACAUUCAUAAUGUCGCUGAAUAUCUUCUACAAAUCGCUGUCGGAUGCGGAAACGUUUCCCGGUGACGGACGCCAGAAUAUGAUCGUGAAAUUAUUAUUUGAGACACCGUACUGCUUUAUAACCGUGCGCAACGCCACUAUAGUGUCCAUUUUCCUUUUCCGUAAUGGGAAUAUUUUAGAGUGUAUUUCUCAUGCGGAAGAAUUACGACAUAAACUUAUAUCGUUAGGCGGCCAUGUGACGAUGCAGCGCUUUCGUCGCCGUCCCAUAAUUUAUAUCGCAACAGCUCUGAUCAUUGUCACACUGUGGGAGAUUCACGAAUGGGCGUGCUGGUUUAACCCGGAUAUUGUCGGGAUUUAUUCUGACUGGCCAAUGGCGCCUUUGCCCGUGACACUAGUGCAGUAUCAGUACGCUGCACUGUGGUGGACAUUCAGUACAAUUCCGUUCUUACUUGGACAACUGAUUCUCUGUUUCCCAGUGCUGUUUGCGUAUACUCUACGGAAAUUUGUUCGCUACAUCAACAAGGAAUUAAUCAGUCUUUCCAGGACAAACACGGAUUCGCCCGAUGCCCGGCUUACCGGUCAUUUGGGCCGCCGCAUUACAGAACUGCGCGAAGCGCACUUUGGGAUUGCUCAUCUGUUGCAGCUCGUGGAUGCCGCGGUGUCCGAUAUCCUUCUGGUUCAGUUUUUGUUUGAUGUGGUUGUCUUGUUCGGUUUUACCGGAUUAUUGGUCCAGAGCCGCAGUGCUGAGCCGCCGGAGACGGCUAUGGAAUGGACAUUUUACGCGACCAGCGCGAUUCUGUGGUUCGCGAUUUUCUUGUUUCAUUUCAGUUUUCCCCUAAUUCAUAUGGCAGAAGAGGCCGAAAGGACACUACAUCUGGUGUACACGACAACGUUACUGUCCCCGGUUCUCUUCCAGGAGAGUUAUAAGGAUAUCAGCAUAUUUCUGUCGGAAGCGCGAAAUAAUGUCUUGGCUUUCACCGGAGGAAAAUUUUACUACGUCAAUCGCCAUUAUAUUAUCACGUGCCUGGCAUUAAUCUUUUCUUAUAUCGUCGUUUUGACUGAAAUGCUGGAUCGAUUUUAUGGAACGGAAGAAAUAAAAAGGCAUAUCCUGCAGUUAUCCAAAGAAGUGGCUAAUAUCACCAGACCAGGCAGCGCACAAUCAGGAGUCGGUUACCAUUCCGCCCCACACUCGUGACAUAUUUCUGAAUGUGAAUUUUCAGGGGUGGAUUAAAACUAUGCUCAAUUAUGCUGCUACUUUUGUACUUACGUUAGAGAAG